AUGGCCACCAACUCCUCCAUCACCUCUCUCGCCUACCACGGCCCCACCUGCACGCACCUCGACGGAGUCUAUAACACGGUCUGCCACGCCUCAACUCCGCAAUCCUCCAAGCUCAUCCACCUCCACACCCUCAUGACCACCACCCCCUCCUGCACUCUCCACUACGACCCACUCGCCAACGACUCCGCGGACUACACUGGCUUCUGCGCCACAUUCGAGACAGCCGUAGCCCGUGGCGAACAUGAUGUCGUAAAGUAUCUUCUCAACGCAGGCGUGAACCCCGAUAUUUGUGCGACAGGCAUGCCGCCGCUGCAUCGGGCGAUACGGAAUCUGGAUUCGAGGAUGGUGGGAUUGUUGGGGGAAUCAGGGGCGGCACAUAUGAAUAUCAGAUAUGAAGGGAUGACGCCGUUGAAAUUGGUUGCGAGAAUGAAGGCGCCGGAUGAGGCGACGGAGCAGGAGAGGAAGAUGUGGACGGAGAAGUUGACGGCGGUGAAGAGGUUUGUGGAUUAUUUUGUGGGGAGGAUGUAG